AUGUAUCCUUGUGAUCCGGUUUGGCCAACUCCAUCCGGAUGCGCUUGUAAGAACGGUUAUAAAAGACUGUAUGAUGAAGAAAAUAAAUGUGUCCUAGAGUCUGAUUGCCCUUGGAUAUGUCCUGUUCCACAAGAAUGUUUACAGACAUGUGCAAAUCCAUAUCCAAUGUUUGAUUGUUCCGAUAUCCAGCCAGCAGAAAAAAAUAUAGAUGGAUGCCAAUGUCAAAAAGGUUAUAUCCUUUCAGAACUAGGUGGUAAAUGUAUCAGGAUAGAAGAAUGUCCACAAAAUCAAGGCUGUAACGGUGAUCCUAAUGCCGUGGUCACCUCUUGCCCAUGGGCUUGUCCUGCUACUUGUGCUCAACCAAAUACUGUAACGUGUCUUAAGCAAUGCAUGCCAGUUGGCUGUCAAUGUGCACCUGGUUACAUACUUUCUGAAGAAAACGGUAAAUGUAUCUUGCCAGGGGAUUGUACGGGUGGAGACCCAUGCGGAGUUAACGCAACAUUUUCCUACUGCUCACACGGUUGCCCAGAAUUAUAUUGUCCUGAGAAUGAUGACGCUCAGCCAGUCUGUGACCCAAUCUAUCCAUGCCCUCCUGGAUGCAUGUGCAAACUUAAUCACAAAAGAUUAAGUCGCAAUGAUGAAAGAUGUAUCCUUUCAUCGGAAUGUCCUCCAGUAAAUUGUUCAAGACCUAAUGAGGUGUGGUCCCCAUGUCCCUCUGAGUGUCUUGCAGAAAACUGUGAAAAUGUAAACGAUCCCCCGAGAGUAUGUUAUCCACUUGUACUAAACUGUCAGCCAAAAUGCACAUGCGCUGAUGGGUACUAUAGAAAUUCUAAUGGAAUUUGUAUUCCGGCCAACAAAUGUCCUGGUUAUAAUCCGUGUCUAUCAAAAUGCGCUCCAACUUGUGCUGAGCGAAAUCCACCGAAUUGUGGGUGUGAAUCUAGAAAUAAUUGCUGUAAAAAGGGCUACAUUUUAUCUGAACGAAACGGAAAAUGUAUCAGGAUUCAAGAUUGUCCAAGUUCUCGAUGCAACAAACAGGAAAGAUAUGUCGUAAACAGUAACACUUGCCAGAAAACAUGCGCUAACCGCAAAUACUUCAAUACGGUAGGCGCUUGCAAGCCUUUCACUGGUUGCGUCUGCAAAGCCGGCUACGUAAGGCUUAACGAUGAUGCAACUGGCCCUUGCGUUAGGGAAAACAAAUGCUCUCGUGAACCAGUAUGCGGAAAAAAUGAAGUAGCAACAAAGAACAAAAUUGAAUGUCCCCCUCAAACCUGUGAAAGUAUAUAUACUACUUAUAACUGCGAGAAUAAAAAUAAAACACCUAAGUCUGGUUGCAAUUGUAUUGACGGUUACCUGAGGAACUCUAAAGGUAUCUGUAUACCUAGCGAAAAAUGCCCUCCACCUAUGCCAGGAUGUAACGGAGACCGAAACGCUACUGAGAAGCUUUGCCCAAACCCAUGUCACCCAACUUGUGACAAUCCGAAACGAAAUUUAGUCUGUAAAAUGAUGUGUCCUGAGUCAGGCUGCGAGUGCAAUCCAGGGUUCUUAUUAUCGAAUGGAAAAUGCAUUUUACCUGAGGACUGUCCAGGUCGUCAACCAAUAUGCGGAAAGAAUGAAGUAGCUACAAGGAACAAAAUUGAAUGUCCUCCUCAAACCUGUGAAAGUAUAUAUGCCAUAUAUAACUGCGAGAAUGAAAAUAAAGUACCUAAGCCUGGCUGUAACUGUAUUGACGGUUACCUGAGGAACUCUAAAGGUGUCUGUAUACCAAGCGAGCAAUGUCCUUCACCACUGCCAGGAUGUAACGGAGACAGAAAUGCUACAGAGAAGCUUUGCCCAAAUCCAUGCCAUCCAACUUGUGAUAAUCCGAAACGACAUUUAGUCUGUAAAAUGAAGUGUCCUGAGUCAGGUUGCGAGUGCAAUCCAGGGUACCUAUUAUUGAAUGGGAAAUGCGUUUUGCCUGAAGACUGCCCAGCUCCAGUAAAAUGUACAAGACCGAACGAAGUUUGGAAUCCAAAUCCUUCACGCUGCAUCCGGGAAACGUGCGAAGAAGCAAAUGCUCUGGAAGAACCUUGUAAUCGACCUAAUAGAGAUCUUAGGCCUCAAUGUGUAUGUAAAGAUGGCUUCUAUAGAAAUGCUUCUGAUAUCUGCAUACCCGCUAGUGAAUGCCGUAAGUAUGACAUUAAAUAUUUUACAUAG